ACGUCGACCUUACAACGUGUUAGUUCGUUGCCAUCAAUACGGUGAACUGAAGUGUGCGAGCAAAGUAAAUAAGUGCGUGUGUUAUUUUGAGAGAGUGAUCUUUUUGCAGUUAAAUAGCUGACUGUGUGACAUUCAACAAAACUGUGCAAUGUAUUUUGUGAAAUAGUUAUGUCUUGAUAGCAAGCUUACAAAACUUUUGAAAGCAGUUAAAAGUACUUUAGAUGGCUUUAAAAAGAAGAGAGAAAUAUUCUGACGGUUUUUAAAUGUAAUAAGCUAGAAAAAUAGCUUCAAACUGAGAGAAUAAAAAAAAACUUUAACACAAGUGAUAUUAUAACAUAGUCUUAAAAAUUCUAUUAGAGUGGACGCCCCCUUAAAAGUAAUCGCAACGCAAUCAUCAACAAUGCGACACCGACAAUGCUCAUUACACACAUACAAUGUCACAACUUGCCUUCUUCUGCUAUCGCUGCUAAUAGCUGCGCCCAUAACUUCAAGCGCCGCCAGACACUCGCGGUCGGACUUAGUUGGCAAUGAAAAAUCAGGUGGCAAAGCUACAGGAGCAACAGCCAAAGCUGCCAGCUACCAAGCGCUUAGCAGCGAAGAAAAGCAAGACGUUGGCAACCCAGUAGCGAUUGUCACAAGUAUAGCCAAUAAAACUACAAAAGCAGACUCAUUGGUGGCGUUGGAAAAUAAUAAAGAAGCCAGUUCUGCACAAAGUGAAGACAAUUCAAAAGCGAUUGAGCAGUUGCAGCAAGAAAACAAGGAAUUACAAUUAGAUAUUGGUGAUGAAGAUAUAGAAUUCGCCGACAAAGGCGGCGAAGACAAUGAUAUUGCCAACGAUCAAGACAGCAAUUUUCGAGAAUGUGACAAAGAGCUAAUUGGUUUCGAGAUUAUUACCGGUUAUGUCUUCUCGGCUCCCGGAAAGUUGUUAACGUCUAUGCCAGGUACACUGAUGUUGACGGACUGCUUGGACGCCUGUCGCAAGGAUACAGCUUGUCAUGCGGCAAAUUAUGAGACUGGCUUAUGUGUACUCUUCUCGGCGAAUGCGGAUAAGUUGCCAGGAGCUCUUGCCAAGUCGCAAUUCCCCGUUUUUACUCUUUAUGCCCAAAAAUCCUGCCUCAACCAACGCCCUUGCUCUCGCGCCUGGUAUAUCGAUCGCGUUCAGGGCAACAAAUUAAUUGGCUAUACGAAGCGCAAGUUCCCAGCAGAAACUCGUCAUGAUUGCAUACAGUUAUGUUUGAGUCAAGCGGAGUUCACAUGCAGAUCGGCCAAUUUCGAUCGCAUUACAAAAAGUUGUGAACUCUCCGAAAUGGAUCGCAUGACGCUGAGCGGCUCGAGCGCAUUCCAGCAGCAAGAUACUGUCGAUUAUCUGGAGAAUAACUGCGCCGAUGAGCCAAAUAAAUUGUGUGAAUUCAAGCGCUUACCCGGACGCAUAUUGAAAACGGUGGAUUCGGUAUAUCAGGAUAUUGGCAGUUUUGAUGAGUGUCGUGAUUUAUGUUUGAAUGCGCCAUACAGAUGCCACUCGUACGACUAUGGUGACACUGGUGAUAUGGUUUGUCGUCUCUCACAUCACAGUCGCAUCACACUUAACGACGUGCAAGAUCCUUAUCUGGCUGUACCUGAAGCGACGACCUACGAACUUUCAUCUUGCUACAAUGUGACCAUCGAAUGCGGUGCGAUGGACAUGAUUGCGCGCAUACGCACUUCCAAACUCUUCGAUGGUAAAGUAUACGCAAAGGGCUCGCCUAAAUCUUGUGCUAUGGAUGUGAAGAACUCAUUAGAAUUUGAGCUGCGCAUGGGCUAUCAAAAUCUCGAAUGCAACGUGCGUCAAAGCAACACCGGUCGCUAUAUGAAUGAUGUGGUGAUACAACAUCACGACACCAUUGUGACCUCCUCCGAUUUAGGUUUAGCUGUGACGUGUCACUAUGAUUUGACGAACAAAUCGGUGUCGAACAAUGUGCUGCUAGAUAUUAAGGACGACUUCGAGCCUGCUUUGAGCGAAGAGGUGAUCGUCGAUUCGCCAAAUGUGUUAAUGAAGAUCACGUCACGUGAUGGUAGUGAUGUGCUGCGCACAGCAGAAGUUGGUGAUCCGUUAGCACUGAAAUUCGAGAUACUGGAUGCGCAAAGUCCUUACGAAAUAUUUGUGCGUGAGCUCGUGGCCAUGGAUGGUAGUGAUAAUGCCGAGAUUACGCUGAUCGAUUCGAAUGGUUGUCCCACCGAUCAAUUUAUAAUGGGUCCGAUUUACAAGAGUUCGACUUCGGGUAAAGUUUUACUCGCACAAUUUGAUGCCUUCAAGUUCCCAACGUCCGAGUUGGUACAAUUUCGCGCCUUGGUCACACCCUGUAUGCCAACUUGCGAACCUGUGCAAUGCAACCAAGAGGAUAUCGGCGGUGAAUUGAAGUCAAUGAGUUCGUAUGGGCGCAGACGACGUGCCUUAAAUGUAACAGCAUUUGAGGGUUCUGUGUACACCAGCCACGAGCUGCAACAACAACUACAAGAAGAACAACAUCAACAACUCAUAAGCCGACAACGACUUUUACGCCUGCGCAGUAAACGUGCCGCAGUUGCCUCCACCUCGACCAGCCAACCUAGUCAAGAGGACAUGUUGUUGGUGCAAUCAAUACAGAUUACCGACAAAUUCGGCUUCGAUAAGCAGCGCCAACAGAAGCACACCAAAACCUCCACGAAUGAUGACAACGAGAAGACGCUCAUCGGCGGCAAUGCUGAAUUAGGAUAUUGUGUUAAUGCGAUCGGUCUCAUAUUAGCUCUCACUGUUUUUCUGCUGACACAAUUGGCUAUAAUCGCUGUUUGGAGCCACUUGCGUCAGCGACGACGAAAGCCCGCUAUUAGAGAAAAACCCAGCAGUUCGAAAGUUUAUGCCACUCGUGGUGGCAACUCUACAAAAAGCUCAACAGCAAUACGCAAAAGUUCUUCAAGCACGCGAACAGAGUCGCUGUGCAAAGUUUACGAUCGAGCUUUCGACGGACGACAUGGACGGCAAUUUUAAUUUGAUAUACGUUAUUUCUUCAAAAAACUCGGUAUAAUGGAUUAAAUGUUGAAUAAUAACUUUUGAGUAAUGUUAUGAUUUAAAGACGAAAAAUCACAUAAGCGAAUUAAAAGAGAGAUAGGCAGCAAUAGCUAAAAAGGUUUAACAUUUUAUUUAAUAUUUAAUCGAAUCGUUUGAAAUAUAACGAAUACACUCACAUGCAUUUUAAUUUUACUUUUUAUUAUAAAUGCCAUGAAUUCUUAAUUGAUUUGAUUAUUGACCGUGUGUUAGUCAUAUUAAUAGGCGUUUCGGACAGCCACUUAAAUCAGUCAGUCAGCAAUUUUCACAAAAUAUUGUUAGUAUAAAUGAGACGUUAAUUGAUUAAAUUAGUGGCUUGUCUGAAUUGCCUAUAAGUAUGAUUGUCCUAAAUACAGACAAUUAAGAAAUAUUUUAUUGCAUUUAUUUUUAUUGAAAUAAUUUAUGUCCGUUUAGUAGAAAACUUGAACUUACUGAAAUUUACAUAAAGUGAAACAUAUAUUAAGCCUAAAUAUAUACUACAUUUUAAUUUAGUCGAUUAAGUGAAAACUGU